CGGUGUUCCAGUCUUCCUUAUUCUUCUCGUCUUAGGCACAGCGGCCUCCCGCCAGUCCCGCUCCAGAUGAAGUGUGAGCACUGCACACGAAAGGAAUGUAGUAAAAAAUCAAAAACUGAUGACCAGGAGGAUGUGUCCACUGAUGCGCCCAGCCCAGCCAGGGAGAAUGAAGAGAAGGGUGAAUUCCAUAAGUUGGCUGAUGCAAAGAUAUUUCUGAGUGACUGCCUGGCCUGUGACAGCUGUGUGACUGUGGAGGAAGGUGUCCAGCUUUCCCAGCAGAGUGCCAAGGAUUUCUUCCGUGUCCUGAAUCUUAAUAAGAGAUGUGACACCUCUAAGCACAAAGUCCUGGUUGUGUCUGUGUGUCCUCAGUCUCUGCCUUACUUUGCUGCUAAGUUCAACCUCAGUGUCACUGAUGCAUCUAGAAGGUUGUGUGGCUUCCUCAAGAGUCUCGGAGUGCACUAUGUAUUCGACACCACAAUCGCUGCAGAUUUCAGCAUUCUGGAGAGUCAAAAGGAGUUUGUACGCCGGUAUCACCAGCACAGUGAGGAACAGCGUGAGCUGCCCAUGUUGACCUCCGCCUGUCCUGGUUGGGUCAGAUAUGCUGAGCGGGUGCUGGGCCGCCCCAUCAUCCCCUAUCUCUGUACUGCCAAGUCUCCCCAGCAAGUCAUGGGCUCCUUGGUGAAGGAUUACUUUGCCAGGCAGCAGAACCUGUCUCCAGAGAAAAUCUUCCAUGUUGUCGUGGCUCCUUGCUAUGAUAAGAAGCUAGAAGCUCUUCGAGAGGGACUUUCCACUACUUUAAAUGGUGCUAGGGGCACUGACUGUGUGCUGACAUCAGGUGAAAUUGCCCAGAUAAUGGAGCAAAGUGACCUCUCUGUGAAAGACAUUGCUGUAGAUACUUUGUUUGGAGAUGUGAAGGAGGUGGCAGUCCAGCGUCACGAUGGAGUGAGCUCAGAUGGGCAUCUGGCUCAUGUCUUCAGACAUGCAGCCAAGGAGUUGUUUGGCGAGCACGUGGAGGAGAUCACCUACCGCGCACUAAGAAACAGAGACUUCCACGAGGUCACCCUGGAGAAGAAUGGGGAGGUCUUACUGCGCUUUGCUGCAGCAUACGGCUUUCGCAAUAUCCAGAACAUGGUCCUGAAGCUCAAGAAGGGCAAAUUCCCAUAUCACUUUGUGGAGGUCCUCGCUUGUCCCCGAGGAUGCUUAAAUGGCAGAGGCCAGGCACAGGCAGAGGACGGCCACACGGACCGCGCACUGCUGCAGCAGAUGGAAGGGAUCUACUCCCGCAUCCCCAUGCGGCCUCCAGAGAACAGUGCACGUGUGCAGCAGUUGUACCAGGAGUGGCUGGAGGGUACUGAGUCCCCCAAAGUCCAGGAGGUGCUGCACACCAGCUACCGGAGCUUGGAGCCCUGCACAGACAGCCUGGACAUCAAGUGGUGACAGAGCCUGUAGGGCAGGCGGGGACAACUCUGAGUGACACAGCGGGUCACUGCAUCUUUGCCAGCGCUCCUGGACACGCAGCUUCAUGUGGUGCUAUCUUUGUAGUGUGUGAGGGAGUGGAGUGUUUGCACAUGGGAGAGCAUUUUUCCUCUCUUUUAUCCCUAGAUUGUGAGAAAGAUCCCAAAGAGGCCAGGGACAUACCCCUGAUUUGCAGGUUUAAAAAAAAAUUCAAGCUGUGUGAUUAAAGAAUCAAGUCCCUGGGGCUGUGAUCAAGGAGCCUAAGAUUCCUGCUGCAGAGAUGCAGGCAUCAGGAAGGGCCAGGCUGCUGCACAGUGGGUAAUUAUGGCCUUUACAGAGGCCCAGUCAUCUGGCCCAAUUUGGCUCUUUCACUCGUAUACAAUUUUUAAAAAUAAUUUUGAAUUCUAGGGCCAGCGAGAUGGCUGACUGGUACCAACCUUAGUUUGAUCAAUGGGGCCCAUUUGGUGGAAGGAGAGACCUAUGCCCACAAGUUGUCCUCUGACUUCCACAUAGGCACCCUGGUGUGUGUACCACCAAGACCACACCCCCAAACUAACGAUAAAGAAAAUUAUACUGCCGGGGGCUGGUGGUGCACGCCUGUAAUCCCAGCACUCUGGGAGGCAGAGGCAGGCGGAUUUCUGAGUUCGAGGCCAACCUGGUCUACAAAGUGAGUUCCAGGACAGCCAGGGCUAUACAGAGAAAGCCUGUCUCAAAAAACAAAACAAAACAAAAAAAAAAAAAAAAGAAAAAAAAGAAAAGAAAGAAAGAAAGAAAAUUAUACUAAUUUUAAGUUGUAGUACCAGUAAGCCGUAUUCUUAAUAGUCACCAAAGGCCAGCAACCAUUACAACCUUGGCAAGCUGGACCACCGGUGUGCCAGAGUCAUCCUUUACCGACCUGCGAUCAGCACUGAGUUGGACUCGCCUGGGAAGAAAGACUGCCGAGAAGGGCACGCAUCAUACCCUGUGCUGGAUGCAGUGCACAUGUGAAAAUAAACAAGUAGAGAGUUACGAGGGCAGCCUACCCAGGCUUUGGGGCUCUAAGGGAGGUGCGGCUCACCGGUCACCGUGGGGCAGGAAGGUAGAGCUGAGGCUUCAAAGACCCUGGAAUGGGUGAGACAGCUUUGUAAAGUCCAGCCUCCUCCAAACUCCUCCCAGCACCUAGCUAUACAGCUAGGCCUAGAGCACCCACUCUCCUCCACAAAGCCCAUGGUCGGGGACAACGUCCAGUCAGCCCUCACUACUGCUAGUGUGAGCACGCCUUAGGGGAAACAGUAUGUCCACACACAAACAGCUGCCUGAUGGCGAAAUUCACAGAAUCAUGUGACAUAUACUAGAGCUCCUCCAGGAGAUAAAGGGGUUGAUGAAGCCCCUGAAUUCUGCUCAGUGUGUGACUACCUUGACCCUUAGUCUUGUCAGCCCUGGCUUAUGUUUUGUUACUCUUGUGAAUCUGUCUAGGAAUGUAACUGGAUAUGUUAUUGUAAACCAGUGGUUCUCAACCUGUGGGCUGUGACUUCUUAAAGGGGUCACAUGUCAGAUAUUUACAUUAUAAUUCAUAACAGUAGCAAUACUACAGUUAUGAAGUAGCAGCAGAAUAAUUUUAUAAUUGUUGAGGGGUCCCCAUAACAGGAGAAACUAUAUUAGAGGGUUGCAGCAUAGGAAGAUUGAGAACUGCUAUUAUAAAUUAUGGUUUUUUUGCUUUCAGUCUAUAUACCGUGGGUAUCCAUCCUUAAAGUAACUGGUUAUGAAUAAACAAUGCAACGGGGUCUUGA